CGUUGUAUUUUGUGUAUUAUUUUGCAUUUACCAACAGAAGCUCUACUCGUACCCGCUUUUCGUACCAUUGAAAGUUUUUAGCGGCUCACGUUGUUUGUAGUAUUAUCUGCGCAGUUAAGUUUUGCGAAUAUAUUUCAAGUUAACCCGGUGUAUUAUCAACGAUGGAUUCUGAAAGUGAAACCGUUACCGAUGGCGUAUCGACAUUCGCGAACGGUGACAUUGAUUCAGUCUCGACUACCGAUCAUAUGACCAAAAUCGGCGUUAUCGCUGUCGAUCAACGAGUUAAAAGAAAGGCUAAAAGACUCCUAAAGCAGCAUUCCAAAGAAACACCUAAUAAUGGUACUCUGGUCCAUACGCGCUACUGGAAGAAUUCUCGUAAACCGCGAAACGGUUUCAGAAGAGGGCUUCCGAAAAAAGGUGGUGCCGGAGGUAAAGGUGUAUGGGGUAAAUUAGGCUCUGAAUCGGACGGUGUCGAAGAAAUGGACAGAAAUGAUCCGAACUACGACAGCGAUGCGUUAGAUAAUGGUGAUAUCGAACUGAAAUGCAUAAUUCCAGAAUUAAAUGACGAAGAAUUGAAAAAAAAUUUGGAGUUGAUAAUUUUGGAAUAUUACGAACAUGGCGACUGUGACGAAGCGCUUAUCUCGAUCGACGAGUUGAACUGCAAUUCUAAAAAACACUUGAUUCCUUUACAUGCUAUAGAGAUAGCUUUAGACCAUAAACCAUCGCAUCGCGAAAUGACCUCAGUUUUAUUAUCUGAUCUCACCGUACGAAUUGUUAAACCUAAAGAAAUGAUAACAGCUUUUCAAAUGCUGUUAUCAAAUUUACCUGAUUUAAUUUUGGACUGUCCCGAAGCUCCCGUCCUGUUAGGUAAUUUUAUAGCGCGUGCGAUCGCCGACGCUUGUAUGCCUCCCAAAGCAGUAAAAAUAUUUAAAGAAAAAAUCGAAAACGAUUACGCCAGCGAAGCGUUGAAUCGAGCGGAUACUUUACUAUCAUCUGAACUCGCAUUAUACCGAUUGGAUAACGUUUGGGGUAUUGGUGGCGGUCUAAGACCGGUCAAAACUCUUAUUCGGCAGAUGAAUUUAUUGCUGGAAGAAUAUUUAUCGUCUUGUGAUAUACAAGAAGCUACUCGUUGUUUGGUGGCAUUAGAAGUGCCUCAUUUUUAUCAUGAAUUAGUUUACGAAGCGGUUGUCUUAACGCUGGAAUCGUUGAACCAAGAAGUCGAAGACAAUAUGUGUACUUUAUUGAAAUCACUAUCCGAUGCAAUUAUCGUUACUCCCGAUAUGAUGCAAAGAGGAUUCCUGCGAGUAUUCGAAGACAUGCCGGAUAUCGUAAUUGAUGUUCCUUUGGCUUAUACCGUGUUGGAAAGAUUUGUGGAGAAAUGCCACAAAGCCGGUUUCGUCAACGAAAACGUUAUAAAGAAAAUGCCAACGAAAGGUCGCAAGCGUUUCGUUUCCGAAGGCGAUGGCGGAAGAGUGAAAGAACAUUAUUAAUGCACCUAUAGCAACGGACUACCAAAAAGAAUUUUUUUUUUUUUCAUUGCAACGUGUAUGUCCAGUUUGUGCAGAAGAUAUCGAAAUUCGACAAGUCAUUUUACUACCUAGGUUUUUCAUGAUUUUGAAAAACAGCAAUUCGAUAUGGAUCGUCUAUAUAAAUGAUGAUAAGAUUUUCACCAUUCGUUGUAUUUUAUUUUCAUUUUUGAAGAAGAUACGUUCAAUUUGAAUGGCCUUAUUUUUUUCGCUUUUAAUUUUUAAUUUUCUUUUUCUAGUUCUUAAUAAUUUUUUUUCUCUCCCUCUUUUUACAUAAAUAUAUAUUAUUUACAUAUUAUGGUAGUUUACUAAUAAAUUUGAUAAUCAGAUUUCUUCUAUAGAAAACACACACCAUUGUAAUUUCGGCGCUUAAUUGACAUUUUAUGUAUUACGCUUAUACGCGUGUUUUUUUUCCCCUCUCUUUUUGUAUUAGUUCCGUUGUAAUGAAUUUUUAUAAUAAUUUCAUUGAAUAUACUGAUUGAAAUAAUUUUCA